AUGUCAAGAAAGGUUCCUUCCUCCUUCAGUCUGAUUGGCUUUCCUCUCCUCCCUUCUUUUGCAUACUCUCACCUUUCCUCCUGUAUAAGGGUCAUACAUACCCUCAUAAAUGGAUCAUAUCCUUCUUCAAACUACGUGGAUAUUUCCAUAUUCUUCUCUUCUUCAACCUCUCUGAGGCGGCAGAGGCAAAUCCUCUGUAUUUUUCCAUCCUUUCCUUACUUGUUGCUGCUCUCUUUACCUUUCACGCUCAGCCUCUCAGGAUUCAAUAGUUCAAAAGGUCAAUGGAAAUCCCAAUGCUGGGGGGAACCUACCAUGAACCCUCAAUUUUUCAAUUACUCUAUUGGGGAAUUCAAGUACCUUCGUGGAGUCAAACCAACACCCAAAAAGGAACUAAGAGGUGUUCCUCUUAACGUAUCUCUACCCGUCAAUGACCUCUUAGCUUGCUGUGGCUGGAAGUGCGGCGAUGGUUGUGAUGGGGGUCAUGAAAUUGAUGCAUGGAGAUACUUUGUCCAAUCUGGUAUCACUGAGGAGUUUAGAUUGCUUAACGAGAAACUGAGAGGGAAAUCACAUCUUGAUCAUGCACAAUCUGUUCCACAAUCAAGAUAUCCUACUCCAACGUGUGAAAGAAAGUGUGCUGAUAAGAACAAACGCUGGGCAGAGUCGAAGCACUUCGUUGUUAAUGCGUAUAGAAUUGAUUCCGAUCGCCACAGUAUCAUGGCCGAAGUUUCUAGGAACGGACCAGUAGAGGUCUCCGUCACUGUUUAUGAGGAUUUUGCUCAUUAUAAAUCAGAAGGUUACAUGCACAUAACAGGUGAAGUCGUGGGACGCCGUGCUGUUAAGCUUAUCGGGUGGGGGACUUCCGAUGCUGAGGAGGAUUAUUGGGAUGGGUACUUUAAGAAUAAAAGACGAACAACUGAGUGUGGUCUUGAAGAGGAUGUUUUUGCUGGCUUGCGUUCAACCAGGAACCUCGUUAGAGAAGUUGUCAGCAUCGAUGCCAUGCCCAUGAGCAUGCUUCUGCUCGAUAAUGGAUUAUCAAAUUCAGAUGCCAUGUAA